CUGCCUUUAAACCUCAUUUUCUGCUCCAUUCAAUUCAUCAUUUCACAAGCAAAACAAGGGAGAAGAAAAAAAGGAAGAGAGCAAAGAGAAGAGAUGGGGAGAGGCAAGAUUGAGAUCAAGAGGAUCGAGAACUCAAGCAACAGGCAGGUUACUUAUUCAAAGAGAAGGAAUGGGAUCAUGAAGAAAGCUAAGGAGAUUACCGUGCUGUGUGAUGCUCGUGUUUCUCUUAUUAUCUUUGCUAGCUCUGGCAAGAUGCAUGAGUACUGCAGUCCUUCUACUAAUUUGAUCGAUAUCUUGGAUCAAUAUCACAAGACUUCCGGAAAGAGGCUGUGGGAUGCUAAACAUGAGAACCUUAGCAAUGAAAUAGAUAGAAUCAAGAAAGAGAAUGAUAGCAUGCACAUUGAACUCAGGCAUCUGAAAGGCGAGGAUAUCACAUCUUUGCAGUACAAAGAGCUGAUGGCCAUUGAGGAUGCCCUUGAGAAUGGCCUUGCCUGUGUCCGUGCUAAACAGAUGGACGUCCUUGAUGAGACAAGGAAAAAUACGAAAAUGUUAGAGGAGGACAAUAAGCAGCUCAAUUUCAUUGUGAAUCAACAGCAUAUAGCUUAUGAAAAUGCAAGAGAGCAAAUGGACAACGGAUACCAGCGAGCAAGGGACUUCAGCUCGCAGAUGCCUUUCGCCUUCCGUGUGCAGCCUAUGCAGCCAAACCUGCAAGAGAGGAUGUAAUCAUGUUGUGAGGGCUGGGGCAGAUAGCUAGCUGAAGCCUGAAAUUCUCUAGCCUGCUUUUCUGAUACUAAUAACUUUAAGUUUCUGCAUGUUUCCCAGUGUUUGUGAUGAUCUUAAACGCAUUUCCCUUAGCUUUGUAAUAAGUCAAAGCCGUAUUACUAGCAACUAUGAACUUGACCUGUGGAGUGUGGACGAUCACUAUGUCUGUCUACUUUGAGACCCAUUAUCUAUAUAUGUGCUUAUCUAGUAUAUAGACACUGGUUUAUUUCUGUGUGUUA